AGUUUGAGUGAACUGCCUCGUCAUAAGUUACAACGUGAUAAACCGUUGUAUAGUAAAGUGUUUGAAGUUUGAGCUGUCAUGUCGACAAUACAGUAACUUAAAGUUACAGCGCUUGAUUUCCUAAGAAUUUACAAUCUAAUUCGUGUCUUGCCAUCGGUGUAUUAUUCUACCAAGAUAAAUAUAAAAUUGAAGCUUACAAUGUGAUAUGCUUGUAAAUAAAAAAAAUUGCAUGCAACAAUGACAGUAUUUAGUUAAAAUAAACCGCCGUUUUUGCAAAGAUACAAACAAAAUAUUUUACACAUGUACGCAGACAUCCUGAUAAUUUGAUUUUAACUUAUUUAAACCACCAAUAGUUAACACAAUUGUCGCCCACCAUCAAAUAUAUUCAGAGUAUACGAAUUGAAAAAUUUUGUCAAUUUUCUCACUAAAUGAUAAACUAUAGUAACACAAGCGUGUACCUAGCCAAAAUGACAAAUAAAUAUAGUUAUUCAGCAGAGAAACCGGAGUAAACUUUCUUUUAGUCACCGCAGUUAAGACCUAAAUAUGUAAAAAUACAGAAUGCAGAAUGAACGUAUAAAUAUAAAAAAUAUACUAAAUUAUUCUACUUCGUGCAGCAAAUUCCACAUUUUACAAAAUUUUGCGUCUAGACUUUGCAAUUAUACUAAUCUUUGUACGCACUUUUUAGUUUUUUUCCUUGUCCUCAUGAUCUAAAGUUAAACUAUAUACCACAUAAGGUCCAUUAACAUUGUGUAAAUUUAUUUUAUUAUUUUUUAUUUUUAGCAACACUUAGAUUUAGCCUAUCCCUUAAAUGAAAAGCCACUUAACAGUUUGUUUGGAUGAACCGCUAAUUGUUCGACUGUAGAUAAACUAUCCUUUUUAUGACUGUGCGUUCAAAACGGUCAAUCUGCCUUGCAAUGAGUGUCCUUUCGAGAAUUUCUCUGCUGUUUCUCGUGUUUGUCAUGGGCGAUUGCACAGAGGAAGCUGUUUUUCGAAAAAAUAAGCAAAAAUACUUGGCGAAUCAUGUCAUCGAAACAAAACAAGCAAAGUCUGAGUUUGAAUGUGGUUUACUUUGCGCUCGUCAUGGGUCAUGUGCGUCAGCCAACUUCAAAACUUCCGGUGAAGAUAAAGGUCGAUGUGAACUCAACAACCGAUGAUGUGAACGCAACAACCGAUGAUGACGAGAAGACAAACGAUGAAUUCAAUCAUCUUGUUAUAAUAAAACCAGUAAGCAUUAACAUGAAUUUUUUACAUAUAUUAUGUGGUUAUGACGACGGACAUGCACGCGGUAUAGAAUAGAUUAGUUUUUCAUGUAAAGAUUAUAACUCGAUGAAACAACUAAAUAUAUAGAGUGUUUCUUACUGAUAAUUGCUGGAAAUUUCUUCCACAAAGAAAGAACGGAGUAUUUCGGCCAUUCAAUACCCUGACAGCUAAAGCAAAAUUAAUGUCGUCAUCCAAUUAUCGUAGUUCUUGCUUCCAAACUGCAUUUUAAAACACUGCGAUUCUUGAUUUUGAAAUACCGAAAUAAAAUAAGCAAAGGGUAAAAUACAGUAAUUCCAACUGACAGUAAAAUUUAAAUUCGGCUCUUUUUCAUGCGAAUUACUACAUUAUGCAUACAGGCCUGGACGGGAGCAAGAGAAUCGGAUUUUGGAAAAAAAUGCUUGAACUUUGGAAGAUCCCAUGAACUAAAUGCUUUUAUUUGGCAGCCGUCCGCCUAAGAUAGAAAUGAAGUUCAUUAAAUGAUAAUGAGCUAUAGAUUAACCCGCAUAACCGAUGAAUUAUUACCUAGAAUUUAAAUAAAUUAAAUUGAGUGAUAAAACACAUCUUCAGACCCGGCUUACACAGUCAACGUUCAUCGAUAUGUAAAUCGCGUCUUUUAAAACGAACGUUUCCUUGAAAAUUUGUCAGGUAAUUUAAGGCUGUUUCAUUCAUUUCAUUCGCUUUGUCGGCGGGCGAAGCAGCCUCUGAAAAUCUUCUCAUGCGGGCGUGACGGGCUUUAAAAACAGAGCGCGCUUCGCAAGAGGACGUAAGGGAAAACCGACUUUAAGCUUUGAUAUUAUGUUUUUAUUAUAUUACGUAUAACUCUUAUAACUUAAGCUUGGUUCUAAUAUGUCACCGUCAGUCAGCGACGUAUUGUUUGUGGCCUAUGAGCAAGAAAUUUUAUUAAAAAUAACUAAGCAUUUCACUCAUCAACGACUACCGACAAUAGCACCAAUAUCGAGAUAGCUAAUUGCAAAAUGACGGAUAUGAAUUUUAGUUUCACCGCAAAUAAAAAUAUAAAGUGUCCAUUGACACCGUCUUAAGCCGGUUUUCCACUAUAUAUCGAUCACUUUCGUGUGAAGCGACAUUUUACUUUUAUUUCACCCUUUAGAGCUCUCAGCUGCAACCAUCUGGAGCAAAUUGUUUAAAUGCAAAAAAAAAUAAAUUUGCCCCACGCUUUAGAGACGGCAAAUUGUAGCACCGUCCCAAAAAAUUAUUUUACGAUAUUCGCCACUGUUGCUUUUAUGGGUCCAUGUGAAGAAUUUAUUCUCGUCGCUUUUUAGGUUGGGUUGAAGCAGGAAAAUAAUAUUUUUCCAGGUAAUUAAAAUUUUUGAAGUUAUGGCGACCAAAAUGAAAACAACCUCAUCCUAUAUUGUAUAUUUAUGUUUUUAGAUGAACAACAAAACGCUUUUCCUCAAUCUUGCACGGAAUUGUUUGGCAGGAAUACAUCAUUGCCCGAUGGUGUCUACACGUUGCAGAAGAAUCAAUGCUCGCCACCAUAUAAGGUAUAUUGUCACAUGACAGAUAUCCCAGGAUGUGGGGUUGGAGGUUGGACGCUAGUGAUGAAACUUGAUGGGACAAAGAAUACAUUUAUCUAUGGUUCUUCUCUGUGGACAAACAAAGAGACAUACGCAGCACAAGAUGGUCUGGAAGGAUUGACAGAGAAAGAAAGCAAGUUGGCUUCGUAUUGGAAUACUCCGUUCACAAAGAUUUGCCUGGGUAUGUCGCAUAAGAAAGCCACCAAAUGGAUGACCCUCGACGACACCGCAAGUUCACUGUAUAGUGUGAUUGCGGACGGCCAAUUUAGGGCAACGACCGCUGGUAGAGCAGCAUGGAAAUCUCUGAUCGCCGGUUCGUCACUUCAGAAAAACUGCAACAGGGAAGGGUUUAAUGCCGUUUUCAGAAUACGAAUUGGAUUCCAAGCCAAUAACGAGGAAGAUUGUAAUUCGUGUGAUUCUUGGAUUGGCUAUGGAGCUGAAAGGACUUGUGGUAACGGUGAUAAAAAUUUGGCGACGUUUGGAUACAUACUUGUUCAAUAAUUAAUAAAAUAGAAAUAAAAUAGCACGCCACAUUCUAGUCAAUAUAAAGAUAACUUAAUGGGUUGAAAAAACGUGACGAUUUCUUGCAUAGUUUCUACGCGAAUAUGUUCAGUUUUUAUGUAUUCAAAAUAACGAGUUAGCAUAAACGGUGACCUUACAGAGACAUUAUAAUAUUGUAGCAUGACAAUUCUAGGCCUUCCAAAAAUAUCAUAACAAAUAAGGCUUUGAUUGUCAAUACAGGUAAUAUUAUAAUAUACACACCCAGCACCUUCUACCAUACUGAUAAUAUAAAUUUAUGUCAGCAUAAUAAUUACGCCUGUAUAAUGGCCUAUAAAUACUAUAUAUCUGUGUCAUUAGAAUAUGUAGUUCUAUGAAAAUAAAAUGCACAAAAGUAAUUUUUUAAGUCUCUUUCGAAAUAACGUGGCAAAAAGUGGCGCUUACGCAGUGAAAUAAAUAUAUAAGC